AUGUAUUAUGAUCCCUCCUUUUUUUUUUUUCUUGUUAUAGGAUCUGUGUUUACACUAAAAGUUCAAGUAAACGACAUCAUCAGUCAUCAGUUCCUGCAACAAGCAACUGUAGAGGUGUUUGUUAAUUACACGAAGACAAAUUCUACUCUUACUGGAAGCAAUGGAGCAGUAUUAAUAAAGGUUCCCUAUAAAUUAGGAUUAAGUUUAACUAUUGCAUCAUACAAGGAUGGCUACGUGUUAACAUCUUUACCUUGGAAGACUGGGAAAAUGCCAAUAUACUCGUCUGUGACACUUUCACUAUUCCCACAAAGUCAAGCUAAUAUAUGGCUGUUUGAAGAUACUGUUUUAAUUACUGGAAAAUUGUCUGAUGCCAAAUCUCAACCAAGUGUUCAGUUUGCAAAGUUUUUAAUAAAACUUCCAACAGAUUACCAUUUUACAAAUGUUACAGCCUACCUGACAGUGCCAGAGCAAUUUUUAAAAGUGGAUGGCUUUUUCUACACAACAGGAAUUCUUCUAAACAAGUCAGGUUUCAGAGGCAUUGAACUGUCACCCCUUGCUGCAAUAUGUGUAAAUGUUCUUUUGGCUGGGAAAGAACUGAAAGUCAACGGUCCUAUUCAUAUUACACUUCCUCUUCCUACAAGUAGUGUAAAAUCAGGAGAUGCUAUUCCUGCAUGGACAUUUGAUAUGAAAACUGGUGCUUGGGUAAACCGCGGGCUGGGAAUGGUAAAGGAAGCAAAUCACCAAUUAGUAUGGACCUAUGUUGCCCCACACUUGGGCUACUGGAUAGCAGCUCCACUGCCUGGAACAAGAGAAUCCAUUAUUAGUGCAGUUUCCAAGGACAUAACAGCCUAUCACACGGUGUUCCUUACAGCCAUUUUGGGAGGUACUGUUGUCAUUAUCAUUGGAUUUUUUGCUGUUCUUCUUUGUUACUGCAGGGACAAAUGUGGUCACCAACAAAAGAAGGAAAAAAAUACAGCUAGGCUGGAGAUUAUAAAAAAAGACCAGACGACAUCAACAACUCACAUAAGUCAUGCCAGUCUUGUCAAGGGGUCUGUAAAACUAGAGGAUAACUCACAAUUAUAUGCACCGAAGAUUUCUUCUUACAGCCCUCAAAGACAGACAUCUGCAGAAACAGAAGAUGGAAAAUCACGGGACAAUUUUAAAAUCUACACAGAGGAUUCUUCUUAUCAGUCAACCUGCCAGACUGGUCAGUUGAGAAAUUCAACCCAUUCCAUGGAGGCUAAUGCUGGAGUUAGACACUUCCAGCAGCCAAAGCAUGUUAACAUUUCCCAGGCUGCAAGGGACAUUCAAGACCCAAAUAGAUACCUUCCACUGAAAGAGGAAAUGUAUGGCCUUUCCCAUAUCCCCGAGCAUCUAAUGCAUAUUUACAAUCAACCGAUCGCUAUUCUUCAAACUUCUGACCUUUUCCACUCACCAGAACAAUUGCAUGCUGCUAAGUCAGCAACUUUGCCAAGAAAAGGGCAGUUGGUAUAUAGCCCCAUGAUGGAACCCAUGAGUCGAGACAGCUACAUGCAAACACUACCCAAAAUGCCAGGACACUCCCAUCCACAGCCUUCUGCCUGCAGGGAUGAACCAAGUACAUUAGACGGUGAACAGGGCCUACCCUCUCAAACAUCAAACUGGAGCCGGUACACUAACAGUUUGCUGGAAUCUGUCUCUGUUCCUGGCACACUGAAUGAAGCUGUUGUAAUGACUCCAUUUUCAUCCGAACUUCAAGGUAUUUCAGAACAAACAUUGCUGGAACUCUCUAGAGGAAAACCAUCCCCACACCCUCGAGCAUGGUUUGUGUCCCUAGAUGGUAAACCAAUAGCUCAGGUGAGGCAUUCCUUUAUAGAUCUGAAAAAGGGCAGAAAGACAGAGAGCAAUGAUACUAGUCUGGACUCUGGCGUGGACAUGAAUGAGCAUCAUCCUGGUAAGAAACUGGAAAGAGAGAAAACUUUCAUUAAAAGCAUGCCUCAUUCUAAGAUCCUUUACUUGGAAGAUCUGGAUUUGAGUAGCAGUGAAAGCGGGACCACUGUUUGCACUCCAGAGGACCAGGCUGUGAGGCACAUUCUGGAUGGAGGAAAUGGGCCUGACACAGAACAACACCAUGAGGAAAGUCUGAGAAGAAAAGCUGUAAUAGGAAAUCGUGAGUCUAACAUCCCUCUGGCGAAAAAAAGGGAGAGACCAUCUAUCACAAAAAGAGAUAGCCAAACCAAUAUCUGGAAGAAGAGAGAGGAGAGACCACUUAUUCCUAUAAAUUAAAACACAUGUGCUUUGUGGUGU